ACCAGAUGGGCACACUGAAACUGCGGGUGUCUAAAAUGAGGAAAGAGAAACACAGGGGAGGAGUGAGGAGGUAGACACGGAGCCAGAUGAGAGGGAGAGAUCACCUUCGCCUUUAUCCAUUUGCAAACUGUGGAGGAAGGCAAAGGAAGAGCGGUGGAAGGAGAGAGGUGGGGCAAGUGGGUGUGUGUUCACAUGAGGCACUCUUCCUCUUCUUGUGUGGGUGCAUACAGCUGCUGCGGUUCGCAGACACAGAAGAGAAAAGUUGGGCAAAGUCGAAGUGCUUUCCAUCUGCCAACACACACACACAGCAACUCCCUUUCACACAGGAAGAUUCCAUUUUGAUUCCAUCGCUUUCAUACUCAUUCACCCUCUUUUACGUACACACACACACUGGUCGUCCUGGUUGAGGGGGAACUGGACCGCUGGAGGCUUCGUACUCACCUUUACCUUCAGUCACUCUGCCAACCAUCCGGACAAGGCUUUCCCAGGAUGUGGACUCUUCUCUUGGGGGUUACCUUAGGACAUCUGGCCUCCUGUAGGUCAGAGCAACUUCAAGAGUGCUCAUCAUGGCCCUGGACACAGUCUUUGAACAUUAACUCUGUGGGCCCAAGUAUAUCAUUAAGUCAAUUCUCGCAGCUGCAGCUAUGCCGGAGUGUUCCUUGUUGAGGGUGAAGCUCGGCACUCUCUGAGUUUUGAUCAGGCUCAAAAGGUGUGCGAGCAGCUCCAGACUACAAUGGCAAGUCCAGAACAAGUCCAACAGGCCUUUGAAAAAAACAUGGAAACCUGCAGGAACGGCUGGAUCAGCAACAUGAGCUUCGCCAUACUCAGACACACCCCCCAUGAGAACUGUGCUGUGAAUAUGACUGGUUUGAUCAUUAAUCCUCGCGACGACCUAAAUGAAACUUUCGAUGCUUACUGCUAUGAUGAAACAGCUGGGCCUGAGAAAAACUGCACUAAGGCAUUUGACAGAACAAUUAGUUCUACAGAAACUGGGCUGCAGGUGUCCACCCCAGCAGAAUCAGGACGCUCUGUUGGGGUAACUGUUAAGACACCACAUCCUGUGUCAGAGGAAGCCACAGAACAGUCCACAGUGGAAAAUAGUUCACUUGGAUGGGGUGAAAUUGACAGUGUUACUGCUGGAGCCUUUGAUCAGCCCACUGGAUCUGGGAUGCAGACUCCCUUCUCUGUAGAGGAAACACUGUCGACUUUCAGCCCUGUCGGUGGAACCUCUUUCCCUUACCCACUUCCAGAUAACAAGCAGGAAGAUGUGAAAUUGCAGCCAGAAAAUGAAGAUCCUACUGAAGCGUCAACACAACAACCCCCACAUGGCAAGAAAAGGAUGAAUAAUGUUGUGCCACAUCCGGAUCAACAAGAGGGCAGUGAUGCAACAAACUGGAUUGUCAUCAUUGGGGUGCUUAUAGCGGUCGCCGCAAUCCUCUUUGUGUGUGUGGCUGUUGCUAAAAGAAAGAGCUGGUGCGGCAAGAGACAAACCCUGAUGAUCACCUCCAAAGAGAAUGAGGGGAACGGGGCAGCGGGAGCUGUCGCCUCCAGCUCACAGGCCCAGGAGAGGGAGCAGGAAAUGGUAACCCUCAUGAACAAAGAGAAGAUCCAGGAAAACGGCAACACGGAGGAGUUCACUGUCAUCAAGCUAGAGGAGACACCUGAUAAAGAGGCUUGAGGGAAGGGGCGGAGUCAAUGAAAGGGAGGAGGUGGGCUGGUUGGGACGAAGGCGUUCGAAACUGCUUUGGUGGUCAGCACUGGAUGGACAAUGACUGGGUGUUAGUGCAUAGAGGUGUGUGUGUGAGUGUGUGUAUGUUAUAGGUGGCAGUGUACUGCAGCAAGGAUGCUGGUUUUUUUCCAAUCUUCAUGUGCAGCAUAUUGUUUGUCCAGUGCACCAUAUUAGUGAGGAGGGGGAUGCCAAGCAUGCAUAAGUGGGUGUGAGUGUAGUCUGCCAGUUUGUGUGCAUAUGUUGUGUGUUCAUAACAAAGAGGAUGGGCAGGGGAAAAAGCUAGGGCGGUGGGUUGGAAUGAUUUGAUCAAUAAUGACAUUUAUGAAAAGAAAAAUUAGAAACAAGCAUAAAAAUGCACAUCAGCCGAAACGGAGAAUUGCCCAAACAAUGAUGAUGAAUUUAAAAAAUCCUGUGUCAUGUAAAAUAUGAGCAAACAAUCAGUGACAUCAUUCCAUUGUUGUGGUUUAUUUGUUCAUUUAGUUUUCCUCUGAACUAGUUAGUUUUUCAGUUUUUCAAGACAGCUGGAGACACCAGUUUUUGGAUUUGUACCACUUUUGUUGGUCUGUAUAUAUAACUUUUGAAAAUGUUUUUUAACAAUUUAGCUUGAAAUGUCCUUGCUAAAGUAGCUUUGCAUUCCUGUUGAAUAAAAACAAUGUGUCAAUUUCA